AUGAGUAACAACAUAGGGGAAGAAGAAAAUAUAAAUCAUACCCAAGUUCAUGAUAAAAUAAUAACAAAGUCAGAAAUUCAUUCUGUACCAAAAAACACUUUUGAUAAUAAGAAAAGAAAUUGGAAUAACAGUACCCCACAGUAUAUUAAUCAAGCAUAUGAAGGAAAUUUUAACGAUAAAAUUGAAUUCGCGAUAGAGGAAGAAAAGAAAAAUGUGCUAACAGAUGUUAAUGAGAGUCUCAUUACAAUUUGUAGUAAACAUAAUAACAGUUGUGAAAAUGCAAAUAUGAGUAGGGAUACAAAUAGUAGUUCUGAAAAUAUAGGGAGCACAACUGUAAAAAAUUACAAUAAUAGAGAAUAUACCCGUGGUGCAUGCGAUAAGGUCCUAUAUGAUAGUAAUCAGCGAGAUGAAAAUUUACGCUGUAUGAACAAUUUUAACUACUCAAAGAGUCAUAUCAAUUUAAAAGAGCCAAAUCAGAGGGGAGAGGAUGAUGCCACCUCUGGAAUUGUUGGUUACACUAAACAUCUCCAUGGAAAAAAUUCACAUUAUGCAUUUGCAGACGGAGGGCAUAUACAUAACAAAACAGAGUUUCGUCAGCAAGUGAAUAGUAAUUUCGAAUUUUUAGGAAAUGAGCAAAGUUAUUCAGCCAGUGAUGUUUCUAAUAAAACAAUAGGGAAUGUUCAACUCAACAGAGGCAGCAUUAGUAACAAUUCCUUCAGCACAGCAUACGUGGAGAGUCACCCAAAAAGGGACCCAAUAAGUGACCCAAUAAAUGACCCAAUAAGUGACCCAAUAAGCGACCCAAUAAGUGACCCAAUAAGCGACCCAAUAAGCGACCCAGUAAGUGACCCAAUAAGUGACCCAAUAAGUGACCCAAAAAGUAAUCCAAAAGAUUGGAAUACGCAUAAAACGGAUAUGUUACAGAAUACGGAGGAUAGUAAAGAAGAAAAAUCAGCAUCAAACGAGAAUAAAGGUGUUAGUGUGAAGUAUAGCAAGAACGAACCAUUUUAUUCACAAAAUGGUCCACAAAUAAAUUCACCUAAUGCAGCAGAGGGGGGAUACUCCACUCAUUUUGGCAGGAAUCCAGAUGGAUGCACUGGAAUUGAUAACAAUUCUUAUGAGACAAAUAAUCUUUCAAGGAAUACAAGCAAUUUACAACACAAUGUUAUGCAAAACAAUUUGAGUACAGAAAUGAAAAAUGAACAAAUGAAUUUCAACAAAGAAAAGGAAACACAGUAUCAGAUAUAUGGGAAUAUCCAAAAUGAUCCACAAAAUGCAGUAUCCUUUUGUGCACCCUCCAACAAUUUAGGGAAUGAGGUUAAUUAUGGAAAUGUUAUUCAAGUGCAACAGGAAGUAAGCAAAAUUGAUUACAACAAUGAGACUAACAACGGAGAAAUGUGCAACAAGAACCUAGGUAAUGGUGCUGAAUUUGACAUGAGUAAUAUUGAGCGUACACAAUGGAGUGGUAGACCAUACAGUGGAGGAGGGGGUAACACUCACGGCGAUAAUAACAGCUUGGAAUGUAGCAACUCUUCCUAUAACAAUCCUGCACACAUUAACCAGACAUACAGUAAUCAGACGCAUAGUAAUCAAUCGUAUACUAAUCAAUCGUAUACUAAUCAAUCGUAUACUAAUCAAACAUAUAGUAAUGUUCAGUUUAGUAAUGCUCAGUAUAGUAGUGCUCAGUAUAGUAAUACUCCAUAUAGUAAUACUCCAUAUAGUAAUACUCCAUAUAGUAAUACUCCUUAUAGUAAUGCCCCAUAUAGUAAUGCCCCAUAUAGUAAUGCCCCAUAUAGUAAUGCCCCAUAUAGUAAUGCCCCGUAUAGUAAUGGGACAUGUGCGAAUGUUACGGAUUCUCUGAAUCAGUACAACACUAAUUAUCAGCAGAAUAGUAGCAGCCAACCAACGUCGUAUAAUUAUUAUGGAAACACCGCUAGCCAAGUUAGCCAUGCUAGCCACGCAAAUAUUGUAAGACCUGGUUGCAAUGCUUUUAAUAAUAGACCUGAAAGAACGUUUGUUCAUGGUGCAAAUACUUGCAUGAAUAAGGAGCAUAAUAAAGAUGUUAAUCAGAACGAGAGGGAGAGACAGGAAGAGAAGUACGAGCGAUCGGAUGAAGAAUCAUUGGAAAGCUCAAGUGAUGAAAAUUCAAGUGACAAUGAAUACCCCGGGACAGAUAAAGAUGGAGAAAUAUACACCUUAUUAAAAAAAACAGUUAAUCGGAUAGAUAUGAAUAAAAUACCGAGACCUAUAAUUAAUUUUCAAGAAAAAAAAAAGAAGAGAAAUUUAAAAGUGUUUGAAACAUGUAAAUAUAUUUCUCCUCCGUCGUAUUAUCAACCAUAUAUAUCGAUUGACACAGGUAAAGCAGACCCAAGAUUUAUGAAAAGUACACUAUAUCAAAUUCCCCUAUUUUCAGAAACGUUAAAAUUGUCAAAAAUUCCAUUUGGAAUUAUCGUAAACCCAUUUGCAUGUCUAAAUGAAGGAGAGCAAGUAGAGAAAGUAGAUAUGAAAGAUGUAGUAAAUGAUAAAGAAGAAAAUAUAGAAAUAUUAAGAUGCCCCAAAUGUUUUAGUUAUUUACAUGCCACUAUAUUAGAAGAUAUUUCAAACACUGUACAGUGUGUAUUUUGUGACACAGAAUUUUUGAUUAAUGAAAAUGUACUGUUCGAUAUAUACCAAUAUAAUGAAAAGAUAAGUCAUAGAGAAUAUGAAAAAAAUAAUGGGAAUUCACUAUCGCCUUUGUUAAAAGGUAGUGUAGAUAUCAUUAUUCCCCCUAUUUAUUAUGAUAAUGUGAAUAAAUUUAAAUUGACCUAUACAUAUAUGAAUAAGAAUAUUAAUCAAACUGCAUCUAUGAUUACGAAUAAGAUAAUGUCCAUAACAAAGCAUAUUUCAAAUUCACUUGUUACAAAUGAUGCCAAAACAGCAGGGAAUAACACAUCGAGUAGUGUUUUUGGAGAUACUAAGGAUUAUAACAGUGGUAAUUGCAGUUAUAACAAUUAUGAUGGGGGAGGUCAUGGCAGUCCAGGAUUCUAUAACAGAUACGAUAAUCAGAACAAUUAUAAUAAAAAUAUUGGUAAUGGUAACGGAGGGGGUGUUAUAGGAUCAGGAAAUCCAUAUGGAAAUGAUUCCGUUUCUCAAAACAUGGAUAACUUAACAGACAAUUUUAAUGUUAUCAUGCAUGAGAUGAAAAGUUUGACGUGUGAAAAAAACGGAGAAUCGGACACUUGUAAAAUGAAAAGAAAUUAUUUAUUAUCUAAAUAUCCGCAAAUGAAAAAUAUAUUACCUCCUUACUUUGUAUUCGUUGUUGAAUGUUCAUACAACGCUAUUUAUAAUAACAUAACGUAUACAAUCCUGGAGGGAAUUCGUUAUGCAGUUCAAAAUGUGAAAUGUCCCAAGACCAAAAUUGCCAUUAUCACGUUUAACAGAUCUAUAUAUUUUUAUAAUUGCAAGAGAGGAAAAGACACAGGUGAUAGCGGUAUGGAUAGCAGUAGUAAUAAUAAUGGCACCAAUGGAAACUAUCAAGUGAUUGUUAUGAGUGAUGUAGAUGAUCCAUUUCUCCCCCUUCCGCUAGAAGAUCUCUUUUUCAGUUGCGUAGAAGAGAUAGACAAAAUUAAUAAUCUUAUAGAUGCUAUAAAAUCAGUAAGCGCAACUAUGCAAUCGUAUGAAUCAUGUGGGAAUAGUGCACUUAAAGUUGCUAUGGAUAUUUUGAAAGAAAGAAACGGGUUGGGUAGUAUAUGUAUGUUUUAUACAACAACUCCCAAUUGUGGUAUAGGUUCAAUUAAAGAAUUAAAAAAAGAUUUACAAGAAAAUUUUUUAGAAGUAAAACAAAAAAUAUUUUAUGAUUCCUUAUUACUAGAUUUAUAUUCAUACAAUAUCAGUGUAGAUAUUUUUAUAAUUUCAUCAAACAAUGUUCGCGUUUGUGUUCCGUCCUUACAAUAUGUUGCACAAAACACGGGAGGAAAAAUAUUAUUUGUUGAAAAUUUCCUAUGGCAAAAAGAUUACAAAGAGAUUUACAUGAGUAUAAAAGAUACGUUGACAUCCGAAGAUAUUGCUUAUUGUUGUGAAUUGAAAUUAAGAUAUUCACAACAUAUGUCUGUAAAAAAGUUAUUUUGUUGUAAUAACAAUUUUAAUUCUAUUAUAAGCGUAGACACGAUUAAAAUUCCAAAGAUUAGAUAUGACCAAACUUUUGCCUUUUUAUUAAAUUACUCAGAUAUAUCAGAAAACAAAAAACAAAUAUACUUCCAGUGUGCUUGCAUGUACACCAAUUUGUAUGGGGAUCGUUACGUUCGCCUUCAUACCACACAUAUGAACUUGACAACAUCCCUGAGCACGGUCUUUAGGUACACGGACGCAGAGGCUCUAAUGAGCAUCUUAAUUAAGCAGCUUUGCACGAACAUUCUGUAUAAUGAGAAUUAUUCGAAGAUUUUAAUUGACAAUUUAGUGGCCAUUUUGUUUUCCUACCGUCUAAAUUGUGCUUCCUCCGCUCACUCAGGACAACUGAUACUUCCGGACACGCUAAAAUUACUCCCGCUUUUUGCAUCCUCCCUUCUGAAACAUAAUGUCACAAAAAAAGAAAUUUUACAUGAUCUCAAAGUGUACAGCUUGAUAAAACUUUUGUCUAUGCCAAUAAUAUCAUCUCUUUUUUAUAUAUAUCCAGUAACAUAUGUGAUUCAUAUAAAGGGAAGGACAAACGAAAUAGAUUCUAUGGAUUUGGACGAUGAUCUUUUUAUUCCCAAAACGAUACCAUCUAGUGCAGAAAAAAUAUACUCAAAUGGAAUUUAUCUGUUUGAUGCUUGUACCUAUUUUUACCUUUACUUUGGUUUUCAUGCCGAUACAAAUUUUGCUAGAGAUAUUGUUGGUGAUACCCCGACGGAGCAAAAUUCUCACGAACUAAACAUAACGGAUAGCCUUAACGGAAAAAAACUUCAACGCAUUAUUAUGAACUUGACCAGGAUUCAUCACUUUAAUAAGUACGUCCCUCUGGUGAUUGUUGCACCGAAAUCCAAUAGAGAACAACACAUAAUGUCUCUAUGCGUUGAAGACAAAGAUGAUAAGGAAUACAGCUAUGUUAAUUUUUUGUGCUUUAUUCAUAAAUUAGUUCAUAAAAAAAUUGAUGAGUCUUAA